AUGGCGCCUCUUCGCCUGGCUCAAGCUGCCAUAUUCAAUGGAAAGGGGUUUGAAGAUGCGGCGGGUUAUGCACGAUAUCUUCGUCACUUUCAAGAUCGACCUCUCAGUCCCUCCAUCACUCUUGAUCCCUCUCGAUUCAACAGGUAUGGGAUGGAUAUCCCUCGCCUGAUCAACUCCAUUGGAUGGGGUGAAAUCCUUCCUAACAGGAACUUUGGCUUUCGUCCGGAAGCAGUAAGGAUGUUCUAUGCCAACAUGAAACCUAGUUUUCAUAUCUAUCCUCCUUGCUUCACUACAAUAGUUUACAACUAUUUGAUAACUAUCAAUGUGGAACUAUUGUCUCUCCUUCUUGGGAUUCCCAUUGCGGGGGCUGAGGUUCUCAAUGAGUCUGAUUUUCACUCGGUUGAUUUCAAUGAGGGAGAUGCGCUUCGACUCUACACCAGGGAUACUGGUCGUUAUUAUCCCUCUGAUUUUCAUUCUGGUAGGCUUCCUGACGACCUCAAAGUACUACAUUUCUACAUCACUCGUUGCUUCCUUCCUCGUUCUCAUGGUCUCAACACAAUCUAUCCCUCGGAUCUGUGGAUACUCGCAAGUGCUAAGGAGAAUCGAGUCAUCAGCUUUCCUCACCUGAUGUUUGCUCAUAUGGUAAAUUACCAUGACGAGCAUUAUGAGUGUGAACUUCCUUUUGCCCCACAGAUCACCCAAAUCCUGUUGGCCUUAGGCCUGGAUCUGCGCUUUAAGGUCGCUCGUGUGGAUCUGCUGAGCUCUCUGCGUGCUCAAUUUGUGCUGCGUAAGGUUGAUGCUUCAGUGGGUCGCCGUGGUCCUAGGGUCAAUGCUCCAGGGGGAGAAGCAGCUGAUGAUGCAGUUCCCUCUAAAGAAGAUGGUCUGUACCUUGCGGAACUGGAUGCCAAUGAACCUGAAGAGGCCCCUGACAUAGCAGACUUGGUUGAAGCGGCAGAAGACAAAGGAAAACGCCCAAUGGUGCAUCCUUUAGAGAUUAUCCAAGCCAUGUUUAGACAGGAAGGAGAAGCUAGCAGCAGCAGGAAUCCGAUGAUGGAGGAUGAAGAUGCAAUCUCGGAUUAUGUUCAGUCUCCAGAUUAUGACUUUUAG